AUGGGGGCAGUAAAUACAACAUCAAGCAUCAAACUAAGAACCAGUUCUCCAUUACCUUACCUCUUUGGCAGUUUGGCUUUGGUGUUAAUUUUGAUAGCUGUGGCAUUGGUUCUUCUGGCUUGCUCCAAUAGAAAACGCUCUUCAACUUCACCAUCUAAUGAAGUUCAGCUCAAGCAAGAAAUGGCUAUGAACAGAGUUCUUGGUUCGGAACCGAAAAUUGUUGUGAUCAUGGCUGGAAAUGACAAGCCUACCUUCUUGGCAAAACCAGUCUCUUCUUCAACUUGCUGCUGUGAUCAAGUUUGA